UGUUAGAGAAAAAGAAUUUUGAGAAGGGGUCAUACUGUUCUAAUUUGUUUAAACCAAAAACAGUUUUGAAGACAUAUGAUGUUCCAAUCUACCCGUUGCCACAAAGUGAUGACUGGAUAAUUCUAGAGACCACACUUGCUGAAAUAGUACUGCCUUCAAAAUACAAAAGACCUCCAGGAAGACCUGCAAAGAAGGAUCGUGAAAAAUCAGGUCGGGAUAUGUUUGGAAAGAAAAAUAUCAACUCAUGUGGUGGUUGUGGAGCUAAGGGUCACAAUAGGCGCUCUUGUAGGAAAUAUCGCAAAUGA